AUGCGACUGUUGAGUCCAUCAAUGUCGAUGCCUUCCCCAAGGCGAACAUAUACGGCAAAGCACAGCGACCCAGCAUAUAUACCCGAACUGCGAUCGCGCGGUGUGGUCCCUUCUACAGAGAAGGUACCCAACAACGAACUGCUAGACGACUGGAAGGAUGUCGAAGCCGUAGUGCCCACUCUCGUCGCCGCAUCUCAAACACUUGCUCGUCACCUUCCCAAUAGUCCGUCCACCAAGUCAAACUGA